AAGAAGAACGCUGUCAUUCUGAGACUUCAUACGACGUGAACUGCUGAGCGAAGCUCUAUAAGAUGGAUUUUUCUACAAAAACCCUGGCAAAGGGUUGCUUCGGGAAAGUGUAUAAACAAAAGUACGGAGACGCCUGGGCCGCGAUAAAGAAAGUGCCUGUGAACCUCAUCACUAAGGAACAGCUUUCCAGAGAGUGCCAUGUUUACGAGAAAGCACAACACAACAACGUGGUGAGGCUCCUCGGGACGCCGUGGCUGGACGACGGAAAGUGGCACAUUCCUCUGGAGUUCAUCUUCGGAGAGGAUCUUGAGACGGCCAUAUUUGACGUACAGAAAUCGAAAAUACAGCUGACCUCGUCGGUGAAGGCCACCAUCAUCACGGGUAUGUGUGAAGGAUUGAACUUCCUGCACAGCAAAGACAUCGUCCACCAGGACCUCAAACCAGACAACAUCAUGAUUGAGCACAGAUGUCAUCGUGCUGUGAUCAUUGACAUGGGCCUGGCAAAAUUCUUCAGAAACGGCUUAAGCUCUGCCGGAAACAUGGGCAACACGGCCUACUCUGCUCCUGAGAUCUGGCAAGGAAACGUUCGAGACAAGCAUUCAGACGUGUGGGCCAUGGGCAAAAUCAUUGCCGAACUCUGCAGAAGGGUCAGGCUUCCCACCCAUGGUUUGACUCCGACCAAGGUUAUAGAGUCUCUGAAAGACAAUCCAUACCGUAGCGUUGUGUCCAGGAUGGUGAUGAGAUGUGUAGCAGAGAGAGCCUCCAUGGCUGAAGUGAUUGGCGAGAUCCGGCAAAUUAAGGCAGGACCAGGAAGACAAAACGCAGGUUUGAUGGGUGCCUGUGGACCAAGAAGACAAAACGCAGGUUUGAGGGGUGCCUGUGGACCAGGAGCUGCUGAUCUUGGAUUGGGGAGAAAACGGGUCCUGCUGAGCCCUUACCCAACAGAAGCACAACACUAUGAAACACCUGCUACACACAUCCACCAUGGCCCAUUUCCACGAAAGAGAGCCACCAUGGCUGGAGUGUUUGGUGAGACCCGGCAAAUGGGGGCAAAUUGGGGGGCAAAUCAGGGUCAAUUCAGGCCGCUAUUCAUAGGGCAGGAAGACAACACUGCCAUCUAG